AUGGACUCAUCAAGGCCUUUAAUUGAAAACGAAGAUCGUUAUCUAACAACAUCCAAAUUUGAGUCGUGUGAAGCUUUGGUUAAAAGUGCCCGAGAAUAUUAUUAUACAAAAGGAUAUGGUGUAUCUAUCCGUAAUUCUAAAAAAGACAAGUUUGUCACGUUGCAAUGUGAUUGCGGUGGUUCUUAUCGAGAUAUUCGUGGUAUUCAAGAUAAAAGACAAAAGAAGGCAACAACUCGCUUGAUCAGCUGUCCUUUCAGAAUUAUAGGUAGUAAGGGUGUAAAUGGCACUUGGGUGUAUAAGCCAAAAGACUUGAAACAUAACCACGAACCAUCUAGUGAUAUGUCAGGGCACCCGUCAUUCCGUCAAUUACCACCAGAUACUGUACAGACUGUAGAAGAGAUGACCAAGUCUGGAAUACCCCCAAGACAGAUCCUUUCUUCUUUGCGCCAACAAAACCCAGAUCUCCCAGCGAAAUCUAGAACCAUAUACAAUGUUAAAAGAAAGAUCAAAAGGGAUAAUUUGGGAAAUCGGUCAGUAAUUGGUGCAUUAUUUGAGGAGUUUGAAAAGGAUGGAUUUGCAUUCUUGGAAAGCGAGGAUGAAGAAAGUUAUACCUUGGCUCUUAAAGCGUUCAAGAAUAUGCUUGGACAAGGGAGUCAACUUUCGGUUAUCAUUUCAGAUAGAGAAUUGGAUGGUCAUUUCACGGCAACUAUGGGCCUUCCUCUUGCUCACAAGAUCAAAGGUCAUCGAGAAAGGUCACUUUUAUUGGAACUUGUUCAUCCACAAUGGAGGAUUAAUUCAUUGUCCCUGAAUACAAAGGAUGCCUUAGUUUAUGACGGUUAUAGCACAUUUCGUAAGUUGCUUGAUGAGUUGGAUUCAAAGUACUAA